AUGGUAGGCUCUUCAGGCAGCGGGGGCACGUCGCUGGCUCCGACGCCUACCCAUCCGCACCAACUGUCGCGAGAACCGAGCAAAGAAGACGUCGAGAUGGCCGAGCAGCUUAGCCAACUAAACCAAGCCCACGAGUCCAACACACCAAGGAUCGCAUCUCCCCCGCAGAGCCAGCAGCCAGCAACCCCCCAGCCAGCUCCGAGCUCUGAAAUCUAUCACUCUCUCGAGGAUACGCUAGCAGUGCGGAAAAGCGAGCAGCCAGAGCAAGCACCAACGCCCGCGACAACAGCAUCCCUACCCCCAAAGAGUGUGCACGGGGGAAAUGCGCCUAUAACCGGCCAAGUCUGCAGCAAUUGUGGGACGACCAGGACGCCGCUUUGGCGUCGCUCACCUGCUGGUGAGACCAUUUGCAAUGCUUGCGGCUUGUAUCUCAAGGCGCGAAACCAGUCUCGCCCGACGAACCUGAAGCGCAACAUCUCAGCACAUCCCACAGCGUCCGUACAGCAAAGCCCAGCGCCAGGCCAGAGCCACGAUAGAGGCGCUUCUCCAGGAAAUGCCGCUGUGUCCCCGCGCGCCGCAACGUACGUCGCUGCAGACCAUGCUGCGGCUGGGACCUGUCCCGGAGGCGGCAGGUGCAACGGCAUGGGAGGCCAGCAGGGCUGCAACGGGUGUCCUGCAUUCAACAACCGUGUCUCUAAGACUGCGCAGUUCGCACUUGCUCAAGCGAAUACCACCUCAACUCCCACAGACGCUACUAGGACUGAGGGAGCUGGCCAGCCAACGGCGACGAGCGUGAUUCCUGCUUGUCAAAACUGCGGGACAACAGUGACCCCUCUGUGGAGACGAGAUGAGGCCGGUCACACUAUCUGCAAUGCUUGUGGCCUCUACUACAAGCUUCACGGGUCCCAUCGACCCGUUGAAAUGAAGAAACAAGAGAUUAAGCGCCGGAAACGUAUCGUACCCGCCGAGCCAGGUACCGUCGUUCCACAAGCCCCACCGUCGAUGGCCAGCAACUCGCCACCACAGCGCGCAACCCAAACCCCUGUCCUCGAGCAAUCCGCAUCCCCAGCUUCUACUACCGCUAUCGAGACGAGCGAGGUCGCCUACCCACCAUAUCCUCGAGCGCCGCCGCCCGUCGAUUUCACGAGCUACUACAGCAACGGACCGAUUACGUCGCACCCAGCACGUACUCUUACACCAUCAACAAAACCAGCGCCGUCUCCCCGGAAGCGCAGUCUCAGUGCAACGCUCGACCCUGACGAGACGCCGUCAGGACCCGUCAAUCCCGUACCACAUCGCCCUAAUGCCAUAUCAUCUAUCUUAAAUCCUGCUGGCGCGCAGGACGCUAAUAUCGAUCCUUCGCUGUCGAGCAUGUCGCGCCAGAGCAUAGGACCUUCGCCCGGUGCAAGAGAAGACAAGGCUGCCAGGAAAGAGAGGCUACGACAGGAAGCCGAGUUUAUGCGGCAAGAGUUGGCGAGGCGAGAGAGGGAGUUGCAAGCGCUAGAUGAGGACUAA